UCUCUGAAACAGCAACCCAGUUUGACUAAGAAAAAAAAAACGCUUUAGAACUGUGUGUGUUAAGCAACAAUAACCUUUUCACAUGUCAUCAUAACGUGACGGUAAUCUCGCAUUUCCCAUGGGAACGUGCCCUCUAUUCUGGACCCCACCCCACCCCAUUAAGUUUGAGUACAUUCCUACUGACUAAACCAACCAGUCUUGUCUUUGUGAAACUGCACUUGUGUAUGUAAUAAUAAUAAUGGAACACCAAAUCUGGAAAUACUAGAGACCUUCUGUUACGAAAAAUCAGUUAGAUUUAGAGAAAAGAUCUAGGUUGAAGAAUUAUCGGGUUGAUUGUUUCCAAUUCUACCGAAAAUGAAGGCAGAAACAGCGGUUUUGAAUCCACCCCACAUCUCUUUUGACAACAAGAGGGAUGCUUAUGGAUUUGCUGUACGACCUCAGCAUGUACAAAGAUACCGUGAAUAUGUUAAUAUCUACAAGGAAGAAGAGGAAGAGAGAUCUGAUAGGUGGAAGGAUUUCUUGGAGCGUCAAGCAGAGUCUGCUAAGUUGCCCAUAAAUGGGAUAUCUGCAGACGAAAGUUCUACUAAUCUUGGUGCUGAACCAAUUGCUCAGGAGGUAAGUUGUGAUGCACAGAAUAGAGAAGACAGUCAACUUGAAAGCACAACAGAGAAGGAUGAUACACUGACCUCUGUUGAGAGGAAAAAUAGUCAGGCUCAAAUAUGGACGGAAAUUAGCCCAUCUCUACAUGCCGUUGAGGAUUUGAUGAGCACUCGUGUAAAAAGGAAAGUAAACUUAGCCAAACAGGAGCAAGAUUCUGGUUCUCGGAAGCACCUUCCUGCAAUUGAAGAGUCUAGUAAAUCCAUGAAAGGAAUAUCUGAAGAGGACUCAGAAGAUGAGUUCUAUGAUAUGGAAAGAUCAGAAUCUUUGGACAAAUCUGAGUUGGAUUCCAUGCAAGACAUCCCUUUAAAUGAUACAGUUAGCCAUUUGGCUAAUACUAGUCAAGAGGCUUUGCCUCCUUGGAAAGAAGAAUUGGAGUGUCUUGUUCAGGGUGGAGUACCCAUGGCUCUAAGGGGAGAGCUUUGGCAAGCCUUUGUGGGUGUGAGGGCACGCAGAGUGGAGACCUAUUAUCAAGAUUUGCUUGCGUUAGGCACUAAAUCUGGUAAUAAUACAGAGCUUAAAAGUGUGGAAUCAGAGGACUACGGAAGUUCUGCUAAUGCAAGCAUAGACUCUGCAUGUAUACCUGAGAAAUGGAGAGGGCAGAUUGAGAAGGAUCUACCACGAACAUUUCCUGGACAUCCUGCUCUAGACGAGGAUGGAAGAAAUGCUUUAAGGCGUUUACUUACAGCCUAUGCUCGACACAAUCCCUUGGUCGGCUAUUGUCAGGCCAUGAAUUUCUUUGCUGGUCUAUUAUUGCUUCUAAUGCCAGAGGAAAAUGCGUUUUGGACUUUGAUGGGGAUUUUAGAUGAUUACUUUGAUGGAUACUACUCAGAAGAGAUGAUAGAGUCUCAGGUUGACCAACUUGUUCUUGAGGAGUUGGUGCGGGAGAAAUUUCCAAAGUUGGUUAAUCAUCUGGAUUACCUGGGAGUGCAGGUAGCAUGGGUUACAGGACCAUGGUUCCUCUCAAUAUUUAUGAACAUGCUUCCAUGGGAAAGUGUCCUUAGAGUAUGGGAUGUGCUUCUGUUUGAAGGAAAUCGAGUGAUGUUAUUUCGUUCAGCGCUUGCUUUGUUGGAACUAUACGGACCUGCAUUAGUUACCACAAAAGAUGCUGGGGAUGCAGUCACCCUACUGCAGUCGCUUGCUGGCUCGACUUUCGAUAGCAGUCAACUUGUUCUGACUGCCUGCAUGGGCUAUCAAAAUGUCAAUGAAGCUAGAUUAGAAGUACUAAGAAAUAAGCAUCGACCAGCCGUGAAGGCUGCAUUGGAAGAGAGGUCUAAAGGGCUUCGAGUUUUGAGGGACUCUCAGGGUCUAGUAUCUAAAUUAUACAGUUUUAAGCAUGAUUCCGGAUCUGCAAUUUUAGGAGCCACUAAAACAGAUCAAAAGGCUGAUACAGAGACAAAUAGUGAUGCAUCUCAGACAGACAUUGCAUCUGCUAAUAUGGACGAACUUUACAUGAGCCUGAACGGGAAUGUGGCAAUAGAUUCUGUUCCAGAUCUUCAAGAGCAGGUGGUUUGGCUGAAGGUUGAGUUGUGCAAGUUGUUGGAGGAGAAACGAUCUGCUGAACUUAGAGCGGAGGAGUUAGAAACAGCACUGAUGGAGAUGGUAAAGCAGGAUAACAGGCGGCAGUUGAGCGCAAGGGUUGAGCAAUUAGAACAAGAGGUUGCUGAGCUUAGACAGGCCCUUGCUGAUAAGCAAGAGCAAGAGAAUGCCAUGCUUCAGGUUCUCAUGAGGGUGGAGCAAGAGCAGAGGGUAACGGAAGAUGCUCGUAGAUUCGCUGAACAAGAGGCAGCAGCUCAAAGAUAUGCCUCUCAAAUGCUACAGGAAAAGUAUGAAGAAGCCAUGGGAAACCUUGCUGAGAUGGAAAAGAGACUGGUUAUGGCUGAAUCAAUGCUGGAGGCUACCUUGCAGUACCAGUCUGGACAAAAUAAAGUAUUACCUUCUCCCAGAUCCACACAGAAAGAUUCAUAUCCGGUACGGGUCAACCAAGAGUCAUCACCAGAGAUACCCGCUAGAAAGAUCAGCUUACUGUCGAGACCAUUUGGACUUGGAUGGCGUGACAAGAACAAGCCAAUCGUGGUUAUAGUUGCUAGUAUUAAAAUAAUUGAAAGACACAGGGGAAGCCAGCCGAGGAAGUUAAUGACAGCAAGCCGGUGAAUGAGGAAACGAGUCCCAAAACUCAGCAGAAGGAAAUGAACGGCCAUCAGAUGGAGGGGAAACUGCAAGAGGUGUAAGAGAUUUUUUCUGGGGCCUGGAUAUCAAUAGCUAGAUAUGACCUUAAUAUUAGUAUCAAAAAGAAUUGAAGGGAUAUUUUUGUAUUCUUUUCUUCAUUAUAUCCCCUUAAGAGCAUAUAUAGUGGGUUUGUUUAUUCAUCAAAUGACAAUAAUAGUUAGCUGCAAGAUGAUAGUGUAGAGAAAGGAAAAAGAGAGAGAAAAGAGAUGGUCUUUUAAUACUUUGUUAGUAAAGUUGUUGUUUCCUAUGUAUUGUCCUCCAAACUGUAAAAUGGGAAAUUCAUAAUGAAAUUUAUGCAAGUAUGGAAGAUGACAGCAGUGGUUGCUUUCUUA